AUGUCGGUCGACAUAUUUUCUGCACAAGAGGAGAGUGUGAGGGUGAUGAUUGAGUGCGAGCGGCGUCGGGUCGCCUCUACCUUGCCGACAUCUGGGCCCGUUGCAGCGCCAAGCACGGGGCAAGACAACGCCGGUCAGACCCUCACAGACCCGGUCGCGGCCAUGCUUCUAGCCGCGGUCAACUCGUUUCAAGCGGCGGCACCUUCAUCGCAUCCGCCAACUACUGUCACCAGCGCUGCGCCGACCAUGCAGCUCCCUGCCGCUGUUGCCACGCCGUCGGACCCAACCGUGCAGCCGGCCCGUUUGGCGUCCACCGGCGUCAGUGUAGCCGGCCAGGCUGUUCCGCCUAUUCAGAGUCAUCCUGUCGGCUUCAUACAGGUGGAUAGGGCCUUCCAGACCGGCCCGAGCGGCGUCACUGGUUCUGACCAGGCUGGUCUGGCGGGAGAGUCCACUCGGCCCACCGCCGUUACAGUGGCUACUCAGGCCGGCCAGGCCGGGCCUUCGGACAGGUCGGCGGGCGUCACUGUUGCGGACCUGGCGGGUCAGGCGGAGACGUCCACUGUUCUGGCCGGUGGACCAGUGGGUGAACACGCCGACAAGGAUGGACAGACCGAUCGUGCGGCUGGAGUCGGCGAAAAAAAGAAGAAACGGAAGGGUAAAGCCGCCGCGUCGCAGAAGGCCGUCGUUCCGAAAGAUCGCAGGGGGCAUGGUAUUAGGCUGGACAGGACGAGCGGUGGCGGGUGGCAGGGCGAGGUAAACCUGGCUGGAAAGAGUCGCUACACGGGGAGAUCGGACGACAGGAUGGAAGUGGCGUACCUCAACGGCGUUGCGACGACCAUCUUCGACGGACACGCCAGCCAACUCCUAUUGGUCGAAAUGACCGGCGUUAAAGCCGAAGAAAUGACGCGGUGGAAGGCGGAGUGGGAGGAGGCGAAGGUGAUGCCGAAGGGUAUGUGGACGGUGAUGUGGUCCCGCGGCGCCACCAUGUUUCGUGCACGGUUCCAGAAAGUCCUCGCCAACUUCAAACAGAAGAAGUCAUCAGGGCCCCCGCUGAUGAAAUUGCUGAGGCCGGCGGUGUGGUUCGGCACUGGUUGGGAGCCGGCCAAGCGCAAGCAGCAGCUCAGCGACAUCAUCAACCGCGCUUGCUUGUGCGCGGCGUUUGUGCCAGUUGCGGCAAAUGCCGUCCCCAAAACUGGUGCAGACGCCAAGCGCAUAGGCCAAGCUGUCGCUACUUCAUCUUGCGCGGUCUGGUGCUUCGCCGAGACCGUGGCCGAGGUCGGCAAUGCGGCGGGUGAAGCGAAGGCGGCGGCACUGCUGUGUGAAGCGAGCACCGAUUUUGCUGACACUUGUCACGACGUCGUGGUUGUGGUGCUAGAAACGGCGGUUGCGAGACAACCCGUCCUGGGAGAGGUCUCGUGCAACGUCACCGACGCACUGCAGAAGGAUGCUCUUCGGAAGGCGUGCAAGGGCUGUGACCCCACACCCGACGCCGAGAUUAUCGCGAGGGCGACUAUCGAGACCCUCGCUUUCUGGGGGUCGUGCAACGCCGGCGGCCCCCUUCUCUGA